CUAUAAGCGGGAGGACUGAGUUGUGCCGUAUCACAGUCGAGCGAACGUUUGCAUCAGGUUCGGAACUGCCAACAGAAGCAGCAAGUGUUGACGUCGUCAGCCUCCACUCAACGUUGUUACCGACAUGAAUUGCCACUGUCUUGAAAGUAGAGUGUAGUGUGUUCACAGCCUCACGUUCCACAAAUAACGCGCCGAGACUAGCUGUUACUUCACAUUUCGCUAUCAGAACAUCUCAUUCCAUGGAUUUUCCUCCCACAAAUAUAAUAGUGUGAAGUAUUAAUUGUCAUUCAAGUGUUUAUGCGCGUGACGUAAGGCACCUCAUUCAUGUUUCAGAAUAUUAACUACAUAUACGUAAGAAAUGUAUAUCUGUAUGCUGAGUCCAUAACGUCGUUGUAACUAUAGUUGUGGUCCGAAAAUCCAGUCAGUCAUUUUCUAACAUUAACAUACAAUAUGCGUUUCGAAGGUAGUUUUAAGAUGGUACAAAAAUAUGAUAAUUUAUUACAGUUUAUAAUAUAGAUAUUUAUUUAUUUCAGUAAUUGUCGUUUCUGUGAACACUCUUUCAAAUUAGUAUUUGGUUAUACAGGGUAUUGUCAACCGCCAGCGAAACUUAAAUAAAUUAUAGGUUUCUCACAAUAGUGAGAAUUACGUGGGCCAAUCAGAAUUUAAGAAAGGUAAUUACUAUAGAAGUUAAAAUUAUAACGUAUUACGAUAUUCAUAUUUUAGAAAAUGGUAUUAUUCUCAUGUAUGAGUUGGAAAACGCAUGUUAAAUUUUCAUUACUUUUAACCUCAAAGUAAUUCGUAAAUGAAUUCGUGUGAGAUAUUCUAGUUGAAAAUAGUCGCAUGUAAAGUUGGGAGUAACGUAUUUUGAAAACAGAAGUGUGACGGCGCUUGUAAAACGGUCCCGGAAAUAGUGUGCCUACCCGUAAUUAGUUGUGCCUGUAAGUUGCGUGUGUGUUGAUGAGGAUUCAGCGGCUCCCCUUUGUGUUACCGCUAUGAGGCUCGCCGGAGAGUCAGUAUCUUCACCUGGUAGCUCCCGCUAUAGUCGAUCACCACGUGGACUCACCAAGGCUCCCCUCGCCCGGUCGACUAGGCCCCGUGACGGUAAGAUAGGUCACAGUAAUAGCGGCAGGGUGUACGGCGUCGUGGGAGUCGUGGCGCUCAGCUGCUACCUGAACGGUCUGACGGGAGAAUUCGUCCACGAUGACAUCCCCGCAGUCACGCAGAACAAGGAUGUGUUGGGACUCAGCCCCCUGAGCCAUGUGUUUCGUAAUGACUUCUGGGGCACAGCCAUGAGUGACGUGAACAGCCACAAGUCUUACCGGCCACUCACCACGCUCACCUUCAGAGCCAACUACCAGGUGUCGGGGCUGCAGCCACUAUGGUUCCACGUGUGCAACGUGCUUCUUCACGCGGCCGCAUCAUUGCUCUUCACGCGCGUGUGUCUGGCAGUCGCCGGACUUCAGCCAAAUUUCGCCGGGGCGGCAGGCGUCCUCUUCGCGGCGCAUCCUAUACAUACAGAGGCGGUGACGGGGAUAGUUGGGAGAGCUGACAUCUUAGCCUCUGUCUUCUUCUUACUCUCCUUUCUGGUAUAUCACGGGCACAAUGGUGGGACUGGUUCCAUCUCUGUGUGGAUGAGUGCUCUGCUGGGAGGCCUAUCCAUGCUGGCAAAGGAGACUGGUAUCACCGUAAUGCUGGUCAAUCUGACCUAUGACCUCUACAGAUCUUGGCACUUCAUCAAAAGGAGCCUUAUAGAGGUCAGGUGGAAUGAGGAGACCUUACACUUCUCCAGAAGGGCCGCUAAGGUUCUCAUGUCGUUGAGCCUGCUCUUGGUGUUUCGACUGGCGUUGCUUCAAGGAUCGCUGCCAAAAUUCUCGAACCAGGACAAUCCAGCGGCCUUUCAUCCAUGUCGACAUGUCAGGUUCCUCACAUUCUGCUACCUGGCAGCCUUCAACUGUUGGCUGCUGCUGUGUCCCGCUACACUCAGCCACGACUGGCAAAUGGGCUCCGUGCCCCUCCUCACCUCUCUCUCAGACUCACGGAACAUCGCUACUUGUCUGUUCUUCGGUUGCUGUUUCCUUGUAGCCUACAGGGGCAUCGCAGACUUCGAGCAACAGAAACAUCCGCCCUUGCUGCUCGGGACGCUGUUCCUGGUGCUGCCUUUCCUACCUGCAGCGAACCUCGUGGUCACUGUGGGCUUCGUAGUGGCGGAGAGGGUCCUGUAUAUCCCCAGUGACGUAGAUCGCUGUGACUANGUGUUCCUCCGCCAGAGGUCUCUGCUGCUGUGUGCGGGCAUCUUGCUGCUCCUCGUCUUCUGCGGGCGGACUGUGGCCAGGAACAGGGACUGGGCGUCCAGGCAGGCCCUCAUCAGAGCUGGCCUGAAGGCGCUUCCUCAUAACGCCAAACUGCAUUACAACUUCGCCAACUUCCUGAGGGACACGGGACAGCUGGAUCUGGCCACUAGACACUACAGGGAGGCACUUAGACUGUGGCCCACUUACGCAAGUGCCCACAACAACCUGGGAACUCUGAUGAGUGGAACUGACGAGGCGGAGAGCCACUUCCUAGCCGCCAUCCGGUACUCUCCUAACCACGUGAAUGCGCACUACAACCUGGGACAAGUGUACCGAAAAGUGAACCGCAGCGAGGAGGCUGCUCGUAUGUUGGAGCGCUGUGUACGUCUCGACGCUGCGUACACGCCAGCCUACCUCCUACUGGCGAGGCUGUACCAGGGUCAAGAGGGACGGGGCCCUGCUGUAGGGCGUCUCCUCCGUCACGUAGCCCGCCUGCAGCCCAACAGCCCAGACCAUCUGGCGGAGCUAGCCGCCUGGCUUCAUGAGCAAGGUCGUUACUGGGAAGCACUGAAUUACUACCAGAAGGCCCUGGCGUUUUCAGCGGUUCAUCGUCCGUCAUUAUUGGGAGCAGCUAGGAUACUCAGAGCCAAGGGUCAGUGGCCAAGAAUCCACCAGCUUACGAUAAGGUUUCACAUAAUGUCGCGUCAUGACCGGUUUGGAGUUCUACGCUCUGGCGAUUUAUACCUUCGGAGUUGGGAGCUCGAGAGAGAAUCCUCACACAGGAACCUAGGACUCUCAGACAGUUCGUCGGACCAACAAGAGGACCAGCAAAUACAUCAGAAACAUCAACACGACUUAAGACAUUCAAGUGAAAACACUCUUUGUACGAACAGAAACAAUAUCCUACGUGACGCUGGGGAUGACCAUUCUGUUCAGCGGCUGCUAAGAAGGAAAUCUCUCAGACGAAAACCAAGGCCGUGGCGUAAGCCAGCCGUGAACCGGAGUCUGGCCCUUCGUCCCGGUUCAGUGCCGGCCCCAAGCUGUUCAGUGCCCGGCUACAGUAGUCGCUUCCUUGGGAUGGACCGAAGUACCGGCACAACUGCCUUUAACCAGGGUUAUCACAACUGUUGGACACCUCAGCCGACGCCACUCUUGCAUGGAGAUGCAGCUUUAGCUCUUCAUGUCGAACCACCAACUACGGUACCCAUAGCAGGGGAACGGGACAUGUUCUGUUUGGGCAGUAUUUCUGAGGCAAGUACAGAAGAUGACUUCUCCCCAGAACUGAUGACUGGAUGACGAACUUCCCAGCGAAAGCGUCAGCAGUCUCAAUAAUGCUUUUUUCAUAAUGGAGUGAACUGGAAUUGAUAUUUAUAAAAUUAAACAUUUUUAAUAUUAUAUUUAAAAUUAAAAAAAAUGUGAAAGUGAUUUUAAGGUUGUGAAUCAUGUGAAAUUAUUCCUUUAUUCUAUAGGUUAAUAAUGAAGUUCAUUGUCUAUGAAACUUUCUAAAAAAUUAUCAGCAAAAUAGAAUAUGGAUUUAGUUGGGUGACGUUGGAAAAGACACAGUUUAGUAUGUAUUCUUUCUUAUUGGUAGCGAUUUGAUGCUUAGUGAACGAUUUUAAUUUGUAGUGUUGUAUUAUAAAAAUCGCAAGUGAUAUGUCGUGACGAGCGUGCAGAAGCUCAGUUACGCUCAUUGGAAACUUUUUUAUUGGAUUUUAUGCCUGAAAUAAAUUAAGGAAAAGUGUGAAUGUUUUAUAUACGUGCAAGAGCUACUGGAACGCAGAACGUCUGACUAAAUUAAUUUUACAUAUUUUUAUUUUUAUCCAUUGCCAAAAAUAGUUUUUAAAUUGAUAUAAGUAUGAUUAAAAUUGGUUAAUGAAUAUACUAGGCCCUUUUCCUGGCACGUGAACUUUGGCGAAAUUUAUAUAAUUCAGAUAUAAAAUAGACUUAUGGCGAAAUUCAUGUACAAAUGAAUUUAGUAUUUAUAUUCGUAAUGGAUCAUGUACAGUAUGUGUGAAUCAGUGAAGGAUAGAACACGACAUCCAUUACAAAAGUAAUGAUACAAUUGAGUUGCACAGAAAUUGAUAUAUAAUAUCAGGUUUUAUACUGAACUACAAAAAAAACAAUAAUCUUGUUGCAUUAUUUUGAAUUUGUAAUUGAGUAUAACAGCAUUUCUUUCAACUUUAGAAAAAAUACUAUGGAAGUUUCUCCUAUGCAUUAAGUCUGCACAUAGUUUCAAGCACUUUUGUCAGAAUGAAUGAAAAGUGAGAUUUCAAAUACAAAGUAUUUUGUCAUGGUGAGUAUUUUAAGCAUGGAAAUUAAAAACAUUUGGCUAGGAAUAUAAUCGAACAUGUAAAGCUAUCAUUUGACAGAAAUGGAAGCACUUUUUUAAAAGCUUUAAUUUCGAGUACAAAAUAUUCUUGCAAUUUUAAUGGCUUUUUGACUUGUCAUUGAUCAGGUAAGAAUGAACAACCACUGCACUAAUUGCACUUUAUUAAUUGCAAAGAUUUCACUGAUGGGAUGACAAUAAAGUAAUUAAA